AUGGGUCCCCAGGAGGAGUACAUUGAAACUGUCUUCACCUGUGAAGGGAAUUUCUAUGACCCAAAUUUGCAUGCUCGAUUAGAACAGUUUCACCGGGGACUUAAGGAUUUGCUUUUGACAGACAAGCAAAAGCUCGUACUGAAAAAAGUGGAACCAUGGAAUAGUGUCCGAGUUACGUUCAAUAUUCCACGAGACGCAGCUAUUCGUUUGAAACAGCUGGCUCAGCAAGGACAUGUGGCAUUGCGAGAAUUAGGAGUAUUGGCUGUGCAGAUUGAAGGUGACCAGUUGAUAUCUUUGACCAUAGCUGGUCAUAACAAUGAACGGACAGAGUUGGUGUUCAAGACCUCUUCUUCUCACAGUGCAACUAUGUCUACGCCCUUGUAUGAGCAAAUUCAAUUUGGUGCAAGUAAGGAACGUAGUGGAAACGUGCCUCCAGUACCAAGUAGUAAAAAAGAUGUUAGUAAAUUUAUUAGUCCAGGCUUGGCAGACUCUAUAUUGAAUCCUUCUAUUCCUGCAAGUGAAGUAUUUAGAUCCCCUAAUGUGGUUGCAUCAUCAUGUGAACCAAUACCGUUUCGACCGAACAGCGUAAUCAACACAGUACCCUUCUCUCGUUGCUCUACGACAACUACUACUUCUGCAUUGCCACCUGGGCGGAGCCCCACUGGAUAUCCAGCAUCUCAGAGCCAGGGAUUGCUGUCUGGCCCUGGCACUAGCCGCAGUCCAAUUAGCCAGCCUGGACUGAAAUUCCCUUCCCCUCCAAAUCUUCCUCAUGCAUCAGCUACCACACGAGCCAGUGUGAGUCCUGUUAGCCUACCACCUCCUCCUCCUUACCCUCAUACAACAGCGGCGACGACGACGACGACGACUGUGAACAAUGUGCCUCGCAUGUGCAAGCCUGUCACAUCUUCCAGUCCUCUUCUGGUAAACUUGCUCCAGACAGAUGCUACAUCAGUGCCCUUCAACAACCUUACUUCUAGCAAAAUGCUUCCCCCUCCAGAUGCAAGUCCGCCUAAACGUAAACGGCGGCAAAGAAAAGUGAAAGAGACCAAGAAUUCAGGGGCUACAGUAACUGGUACUGUGGACGAGCAUUCUGCUCAGAAUAUACCCAGUCCUGCUUUCACCAUGUACAAUAUAUCUACCACUAUUGUUACUAGUAGUACGAACACUCUAUCUACUUCAGCAGUCAAUCCCAGCAUAUUGUCUGCGCCCAAUGUCACCUGCCCGAAUACGGCAUUCAACCCUAAGGCUAGUAGUACUGUUUCUGCAAAAUCUCAAAAUCCAGAAUCAUUACUGGUAAAAGAAAAUGUUCUUGUAGAUCAUAGGAAAAGUAAUGUUACAACAAAUAUUCAACAGUCUUCUAUAGGAAAGCCUGUACAGAUCUCAACUGCAUUAUCAAAAGAAUCCAGCGGAGGAGGGAAACUUAUCAAUCCUCAUACUGGUCAUUUGGAGCCAGUUGAUGAGGGAAGCCCUUCAAGAUCUGAAAGCCUGCAGCAUGUUAAUCCAAUAUUUGAAAACCAGUUGAUUUCAGGGGAAUUGUUUGGUGGGAUGAAGACUAAGUUGCCUGUCAAUAGCCAAGAGUCUGAAAGUGGUAGUCCAAAGACCUCGUCCCCCUGUCCAAACUCUUUACCUAAUAAGAAUGCCUAUAUCUGUGAUAGUCUUGGACAUCACAAUAAUAUCACUCUUAUAAAAUCAACUGGCUGUAGUCACGUACAACAAGGCAACUCUAAAGAGCAAAUGUCUCCUUCAGUUGGAUUAAAUGGACAAAACUUAUUUGCACCCUCCAAACCCUGCCAAAAUGUAUCAAACUCUGCUGUGGCAGCAUUUCAUUCUAGUUAUACAAAGGAUUUAAACAAGCUUUUUGCUCCGGAAAGCAAGUUGGUGCCAAAUACUUCAGCACCACAUCAUAUGUCUGGAGGUGAAAUGGUCAUCAGCAAGACGUCCAACAUGUCACAAGCUGACAAGCCUGAAACUAGUCAACUUGUUACCAAGAAGAGCAUUGCUGGGCAAAGUUCUGGUGGCCGGAAGCAGAGGAAAUCUUGUGCUAACAAUGCCUCUAAGACCAGCAAGGCAGAACGACACAGCACUACUUGGGGUUCGGAUAAACACAAUGUUCCAUUCUACAAGAAUUUCUCUGACAAAGGCAAUCCUUCAGGUGCUGGUAUCAGCAGCAGUGCGACACCUGUGUCAGCUAUGAUUCAGCAAAAUGCUGCCAAGGCUUCAUCUCAGGGCAAAUUUGCUGGUGUGGAGAAGCAAGAUCGCCUCACUAGCAGUGACAACAACAGUGUGGUUAGUCAGCGUGAUGCUGCAAUGACUGAAUUGAAUCAGAUCCUCGAGAGCCCUGAGAGCAACAAAAUGGCAUCCUUAUCGGAUGCAGAGUCUGAGAACUCAAACCAAAGUAGCAUUACUGGAUCAGUGCCGAUUGUCUCCAACCCAUUUCCAGAUAUGAACACUAAUGUGAAAAAUGUAAUGUCUCUGAGCCAUGACUCUGGCUUAGGCAGUGUGUCAGAGCCUUCAGAUGACACUCCAUCGGAAUCUGGGGACAGUGAGAUAUUGAAAUCAACAUUGAAAUCAAACUGUAAAGAUGAUAACAGUAAGCUUUUUGAUAAUACUUUGUAUGUAAUGCAUGAACAUUCAGAUGGUGCAAAGAUUAGCACCUCUAAUUAUACAUUUCCUGGAAGUAGCAUAUCAAGCACCCUGCAGCAGCAACAACUUCAGCAAAUUGGUAACUCCCAAAUUUCCACUGCAUUGCAAAGCAAUAGCCUGUCAACAGGCUUAAUUGGCACCCGACAGGUGCAGCAAUCAUCAUCUACCCAGGUGCCAUCAUCUGCUGCUGGACGAGAACUGUGCACUUCUGCAACAACCAAGGGCCAAUUGGUCCUGUCCAGUUGGACUACAACUACAGCUAGCAGCAGUAGUAAUACAGUGCCUGCUGCUAAUGCUGUAAGCACUGCCUCUUCCCAGUUACCCCCCUCGCCUAAUAUAACUAAAGUCCUUGUCCCAAAUGUCCCUUCUACACAAAUUACAUGUUCUUCUUCUGUGUCCCAGUUAUCAACUAGUCUGCACAGUUACUUUACAACAUCACCAUCUGCAAUUUCUUCAUGUAAUGCGACUGUUUCAAGUGUCUUUGAUUCAAGACCAUUUUGUGCCCACCUGACAACCUCUCAAGUGACACCUGAACACUUGACAACAAUGGCCAGUCAGCAAGGAAGUUUGGCAGCAAGCACCACUUGGUGCAAUCCUAUAAUUCCUUUAUGUGCAAAGAUGGCUGGUGGCUUACCUGGCGGAGAAAGCAGCAUCUCUAAGGAACAGAUGAAGCCUUUGACCACUGGAUCUAUUACCAAUAGUAACAGCAGUAGUCUAUCCUUGGUAUCAUCACAGGGGAAACACUCUCUACCUGUGGCCAGUACUUGUGCCCUAACAACCACAUCAUCAUCAUCACCACCACCACCACCACCACCAGCAGCAUCUUCAGUGCUGGACCAAUCUCCUAAACCAAGUGUUGGGAAAAGUCUAUCACUAAUGGAAUCGCUUGAUACAACUCAGCCUAUUUGUCAUCAUGCGCUGUCCACUUUGACUUUCCCAGCUUUAUCCAAUGAUUUGGACAAAGCUGGACUGUCUCAGGAAUUGUCUAAGUUAACAGAAAGUAAGAGCACAGAUUUUUCCAGUUGUGGGAGUGAAAAACUCAACUCUCUAAUAAACACAGACACAACCACAACACUGUUAUAUCCCGUGAGUAGAACGUAUUCCACUUGGAAAAGUAAUGCCACUUUUUCCCAUCUGUUGCCAUCCGAUGUUAGUGAUCACAUCAAUAAAUCCAUUGUGAGUGAAGAAUUUGGUCAGCGCAAAAUGCAGGUCGACUGCAACAAUGGACUGAAUGGUGGCAUCUUUCUGUCUCAGCCUGGUGAAGCAAAAGAGAUUGAAAUCUCUGUGUGUGGCUCGAUAAAAGAUACCUCUUCACCAAGUGUGUCAGAUAAAUGCACGGUGAUGGAGAAAACCACGGUACAAGUAACCGUGGCGGACUUAAGUAACAUCCCCAGUGGUGGGCUGUCUGCAAUUCUGUCCUCCAACAGCGCUACUAUAGAUCCUUGCAUCACAUCUAGCAGCAAUAGUGGGAGUAGUAGCGUCAACAACAGCACUUGUACAGUAAGCAUUGCACCUGCAUGCACCAUCAACUCCCUGAAAUCUGUGGGAGGUAUGAGCUGCCAAGAUUCAGCUAAAGGGUCCAAUAUUACUAGCAUUUACACAAAACGGUCCAGCUCGACGGCGGUAAGCACAGUCAACUGUUUACCACACUUGUAUGCACCCGAUCUGCCGUUACCAAAGAGACUCACUGAAUCGGUUCAGCGCUUAGUGAAGCCCAUUCCGUCAAGUGAUCACUCUCUACCUCGCGUCCGCAAAUCUCCUGUCAGCAGCUCCAUCCGGCAGCAGACGGCCAGCACCUCCACGUCCCCCCGUUCUAGUCCACAUCACGGCAAGCACACAUCUUUAGGGUCACCACGAGCACAGACUGUGGUUGAUCACAUCAUCACUUCAUCACAUGCCUCUGUUUCUCCCCUCAGUUCAUCACUUCCUUCUAGUCAGAACUCUUGGGCAGUCCCCUCUCACACAAGCGCCCCCCAGUUAUCAACUAUGCAUAAUAUCACACAGAGUUUACCACCUCCACAGGUUAGCUUUGUGCACUCCACCAUGGCACAAAUCACCUCGAGUGAUCAACAGCCCUUUCCUCAGGUCCACACUGGAGAGAACCUAGUAACUCCGGCUUCUUUGACCACAGUAUCUGCUGCGGCCAUGGUUUUGGGAGCCAACAGGCUCAGCCUAUCUAAUUUGGAACCUCAGCAGCUUGCUGUAGAUGUUACUGAGGACAAAGCUACAGAUGCUUCUGAGCGAGUUCCAAAUUCCUUCGAUGUGCCUAUAAGUCUCAACACGACUCAGGUCCUGCCACAACAGCUCUUUCCAACUGAUACGUCAACACCCUCAACAACAACAGUGUUGGCUGCUGUUGUCCCAGAGUCUCAACAUUGUGACUUAAGUAGAAAAUUUGAUAGCCAAGUUGAUGACCAAGUGGUCAGUUUUAUCACUUCAUCGGCCAGUAAAGGCAGCAUUUCCUCUUCCGCUACUAACACCAUCACCAACACCCCAAUCCCCUCCUCACACACUGCUGAUAUGAUCCAUGGCAAGUCUGUCUCGUUUGUAGACAGUGUUGGUACUGCCAAUAUUGCCAUCACAUCAAUUGAGGCAACUAGCCCUACUUAUGUUACUGCCGUAGCCAAUCAAGUAAACUUGAUUACAGCCACUAUUGCUGGUCAGUCAUCAACAUUAGCCAUGUUGACGAAUGAGCCCCAGCAACUAAGUAAUUCUUGUGUUAAUCAAAGCAUGUGUCUAAACUUGGAAAAUGCAGGACUUCAAAGUGGUGCUAUUAAUUCUGAUUCUAGUAGUAGUAGUAAUAUGUUAGGUGGAGAAACAAAUAAUAGUAAUAUCAAUAAUAAUAAUAAUAAUAAUACAAGUAUAACAGUGCCCUCUAGUAAUAAUUCAAAUAGUUUGUCAGGUCAACAGGGCAUCCCUAGUUUACAAGGAGAGGUUUGCUCAAGUCGAGCUUCUAAGCCAGUCUCUGAACAACUCUCUUCUUCAGCAACAAUAACAGCAUCUGUAACAUCACUAACUGUGACGUCUCCAUCUGGAGGUGUUCAUCAUGCACCGCUAGAAGGUCGUCUGGGUGAAAGUGUACAUUUAACUGUUCAGGAUAAUGGUAAGAGGUCUAUUGAAAAUUCAUCAGACAAAAGUGAUAAGCGUUUGCGCAUUGUUGUAGAGUGUGAGAAAACAUCUGAUAUUAGUCCAAUGGAAACAAGUUGUUCUUCAAUUAGUGUGACAAACGUAAGUGAUUCGGAUAGUGCCAUGACGUGCCUGGAGGUGGCCGCACCGGUGCUAGGAGGAGCUUCGGUCCAGGAGUCAUCAUCUACAUUAAAUAGUACAAUUCUCACUCGAGAUGAAGCUGCUAUGCACAGCAACAUGGAAGUGGACACCUUGAACCAUGCUGAUUGUGCAGUCAACAGUGGUCGGACCGAAGCCACCAAUGCGUCCCACCCCAACCCUGAGUUCCUUCAGUUACCUGGGCCGACAAGCUUGGGCAAUGGAAAGCCGCAUCACUUGUUGGAACAUUCUCUCAGGGAACGUGACAAUGACGCUAAUAGAGCAGCAACCAAUGCAAGUGGUGCGGCUGAUGGUGGUGUUGAUCCUCAGUUGAAGGAUUUUGGUGCUACUCUUGACAGCAACAUGCAAGAUACAUCAUUGCACACAACGGGCCAUCGGCCAUCACAACCUGCUGUAUCAGCAGCUGAUGCACAUGGCACUGGUACCACCAUCUCCACAACUACCCUUAACACUACCACUACCACUUCCACCACCACCACACACAAGACUUCAGAAAGUAACUCUAUAGUUUGUAAUGAUGUACAAAAUGUAGAAGCUACAUCAGCUCUGACAAUGGCUGAUAGUACUUAUGUUGCUAUCAAUGACUGUCAACAUGGACAGCAACAGUCAUUGACAAGAGAGACACCUGUACAAAUGGAUGGCAUUGAGCACAAUGUAACGAUAGCAGAUGGGGAUCAGAUAUUGACCAGCAGCAAUGCAAACUUUUCUCAGGCAGCAGUUACUAGUGUUGAGGCUGGUGCCAAACUGCAGGACACUGACAAAAAAGAAAACCUGGUUUCAGAGAACUGUAUUCCAAGCUUGGAUUCAAUCAACAACCAGGAAGCUAUAGAGAACAGUGCCACGAAACCAAAUGAAAGUGGCAUCAAAGUGGAAACCUCGGAUUCCAAAGAGCCUCUUCAUGAAACCAAGCCUCAGCCUUUGCGACGAGGAAGGCCCGUUGCAGAGCGAAACGUUUCAAGUAGUACUCGAGAACGCUCUCCUGUGAGGGUACGAAAUAAGCUGUGUGAUGCUGCUGCCACAUCCACUGCUGAACAUAAAGAAGAGCUGCCAAAUGAACCUUUGAAGCGAUCCACACGCGGCUCCACCAGACCAAAAGGUUUCUCUGGAGUUCGGUCCAGAUGUCCAUUAGGGUGUGAGGAUCAUAAAAGUGCCACGCCUCCUAGAGUUGCACCUCCUCCUCCUCCUCCUCCUCACACCACCACCACUACCACCACCCCUGGGCCUGGCUGUGCUGCUAGUAAGAACUUAGCUUUACCACGGGGAGUGGAUACUUCUGCACCAAUCUAUCAGAUCAAGUGUGGCACAAACGACGCCGUUCAUCUCGUGACCACAGAUAAAGAUUGA